CACACAAGAUAAUAUUACGUUUGGCUGCUUUACUUCAGCUUGGAUUUUUUAGUCAUAAUUAACAGAAGCGGAGCUGAUUCAAUGAGACAACAAACACUAAAAUGACUUUACGUGGUCUAACAAGUCUGAAGAUGCACAUAAGGUGAAUUUUCUGGACUUAUUUCUUUAUGCACUUGAACAUCUUUACAGAUGCACACUCUCACAGGUUUCCUCCCGAGAGUUCAUUUUCAUGCUCACUACCUCUUUUCACACUUGGUUGGAGCCAUCACCCCCCGCGGCCUCACUUCCUCUCUGCACGGUCAUAAAAACAAUCCUUCAGCCUCCUCUUUUUCAGUUUGAAUGAUUACAUCUCUCGCCUCGUUUUUGGGAAUCAGCUCGACAGAAGAAGAAAAAAAAAAAUCAAGCAUGGGACAGCUGUCCAGCCUCCACCACUUCCUCUUCCUCCUCUUCCUCUUCUCCCUGUGCUGGGGUCAGAGGACAAACCAGGAUACUGGGAGGCCGUCCUGCAAUCGCUGUGACCGCCGGCUGUCCUGCGACUGCUCCCGUGGCGGAUUCACCCGCGUUCCCAUGGUAACGGACCGUGCACUCACUCUGGAUCUCUCCUUCAACAACAUCACCGAGGUUACGGACGUUGACCUGACGGGCCACGAGCAGCUGAGGGCUCUGAGUCUCCAUGGUAACAGACUGGUUGUGAUCGAUCCGUCAGCGUUCAACUCUCUGUGGAGUUUGGAGGAACUGGACCUCUCUGACAAUCAGCUCACUGCUCUCGACCCCAGGUGGUUCAGCAAGUUAGGAGCUCUGCAACAGCUCAACCUGCUCAACAACCCGUACAGCUGCAUAGGUUCUGCUCCGGUGUUUGACGGGCUGGUCAGACUGAGGAGGCUGGCGUUCGGAGGUCCUGCUCUGAGGGAGAUACAGAGAGGAGCUCUGUCAGGAGUCUCUCAGCUGGAGGAGCUCACUGUGCACGCCAACAACCUGACCAGGUACGAGUCCGGUGCUCUGGCGUACGUUUGGCCGCUGGGUCGUGUCACUUUGAGCCUCCAUGGACCGUUUUUAACAGACAGAGCCUUAGCCUCAUCUGUGCUCGCCGACGUGUCGUACCCUGAGACACCUAUGGUCCUGGAGGACCUCUAUCUGAUUGGGAAUGAGUCUGUCAAGCCCUUCUAUGAAACAGCCAAAAGGAGGGUCAGGUACAUAACUUUCCGUAACCUUUUCAUCUCUGAUGAGACCAUUGUUCGCCUCCUAGUGGUUGUUAACGGAGUGCCAGUCAUAUCCUUUAUCGUUGACAAUGUCACGCUGACAGGCGAGGGCAGGUGGGAGAGAGCCAACUGGACAGAUCACAGAGCUGUUGAUGAGUUUGUCGUACGAAACGUCGUGGUGCUGGACGUCUUUAAGUUUGUCUCAUUUCUACAGCUGCAGUUUCUGCUGCAGUACCCCAGGAAGGUGUCUGUAAUAAACUCCAAGGCGUUUGUGUUGCCCUGCCCCACGUCCAGCCUUUUAAUGAACCUGCAGUACUUCGAUCUGUCUGACAACCUGCUGACCGACAUGACUCUGACUGAGACCCUGUGUAACGGAAACGGCACGCUGAAGGACCUCCGAGUUUUAAACGUCAGCGGAAAUGCUCUGAAGUCUUUGUCGACGGUGAGCCGACUGGUAACGAAGCUCCGCAAACUGACCCACCUGGACAUCAGCAGGACCGACUACAGCUUCAUGCCCCAGAGCUGCCCCUGGCCCUCCACCCUGCGACACCUCAACAUCUCCGGAGCUAAACUUACCACCGUCACCCCCUGUCUACCCACAACUCUGGAGGUAUUGGAUCUGAGCAACAACGAUCUCAAAGACUUCACCGUGGCCCUGCCAUCCCUGAGAGAGCUCCACCUCUCUGGGAAUAAGUUUCUAAGGCUGCCCCCUGGAAAUCUGUUCCUCAACCUGCAAGCACUGACCAUACAGUCAAACACCCUAAACAUGUUCGACCGUUCAGAUCUCCAGUCAUACAAACGACUCUCGAACCUCCAGGCAGGUCAGAACAAGUUUGUCUGCUCCUGUGACUUUGUCGCCUUCCUCCAGUCGACCAUUAAAGGAGACGGAGAUGUGCAGUUAACAGACGGAGAGGAGAGCUAUGUCUGCGACUCUCCUCUCUACCUGCAGGGGGAACAAGUGGGUCAAGUCCACCUGUCUGUUGUCGUGUGCCACCGGGUUUUGUUCGUGUCCGUGAGCUGUGGGGUGGCGCUGUUCGUUGGGGUUCUGCUGUGCAUCCUGCUGUGGCGCCUCCAUGCCUUCUGGUACAUCAAGAUGACUUGGGCGUGGUUGAAGGCCAAGCAUAGCUCCCGGCGCCGGCAGCGACUCAGAGAUGAUCCCAGUUCAGACGCACUGCUAACCUUUGAUGCCUUCGUUUCCUACAGUGAAAGAGACGCAACCUGGGUAGAAAACUUCCUGGUCCCUGAGCUGGAGGAGCCAAGUGAAGCAGGUGAAAACUCCAUGAAUCCCAGACCCCUCCAGCCACUGACCCUGUGUCUUCACAAGCGGGACUUCCUUCCCGGACAGUGGAUCGUGGACAACAUCAUGAGCGCCAUGGAGCGCAGCCGGCGGACCGUCUUCAUCCUCUCAGAGAACUUUGUCCAGUCUGACUGGUGUCGCUACGAGCUGGACUUCUCUCAUUUCUGGCUUUUCGACGGGGACGCCGGCGGCGACCCGGCCAUCCUGAUCUUGCUGGAGCCGCUGUCCAAGGACGACAUCCCCAAACGCUUCUGCAAACUGCGCAAACUCAUGAGCUCCACCACGUACCUGGAGUGGCCCCAAGAGGAGGAGAGGAGGGAGGAGUUCUGGAGGAGUCUCCGCAACGCUCUGAGAGGAGGAGAGGAGGAUGACUGAGAGAGAGAGAGAUGGAGAGAAAGAGUGAGCACAAAAAGCAACAAACGCAGCGUAAACAAGAAAUAGAUGAAAGAAUAGAAAAAAGAAGGAGUGUGAGGGAAGAGUGAAGAGUCAGAGGAAAGAAAAAGAUGAGGAAAGAAGAGGAAAUAAAGGAGCUGGAGCCCUUUAACAUAAAAGAUGAGAAGUAAUGUUAGAGAAAAGAUGAAGUGUAAGAGAUGAACAAAUCAUCAUGUAUUUACCACAGUUGUGUUUGAGAUUCCCAGUUUAUUAUUUUGUGUCCUAGAAGAACUAAACACGAUGUUUAGUUUAGACACAUUCCGUUACUGUAGCUCAGCCGGAGCUCUGCUUUUUAUUUAGCUUGUAUUUGUUUACAUUUUGUAAAACUAUCACUAGUAGAAGUUUCCUGAAUUAGCUGUUUGCACUUCCUGUUUGCAGUGAACCCAUAGUUGUAGAGUUAAACUGUUAAACUUUAAAACAUGAUGAUUCUCAGGCAUCAGGUUUUAAUGGACGUCUCUCUGCAGCGCAUCAGAGAUCAUUUACUUAAUGUAAGUUGCACUAAAUGUAUAAAUACGUGUAUCAUGUCUGUGUUCACAUGGGAGUUAUUAAAACAAGCAACAAGACUGAAACAAACACAAGAGCUGCACAACAGUUAAAAACAUCCUGUGUAAAUAUCUGGUAUUUUCUGUCUUGAUAAGACAAUAAGAAAUGCACAAGUUGUGACAAAUUUUCAACCUGUUGAAUCAAGUGAACAGCUUGUGCUGCUGCUGUUGGCUAUUUUGCAGGUAAUGUAGGGAAAUGGCCACAUGGGGGAGUUGUUGGUUUAUCAUUAUGCUAGAAUCUGAGGAGGUAGUCAGCUAACAGCUUCAGUCUCUUUAUGAACUUAGGAAAAGUAACAGCAGUGAGGACGGACAUGUAACUAUAUACUAUAUACUGUAAUCUGUAUUUGCCAAGUCUAAAUUACAACAUCAAUAGAGCUGAUUUCACUGACAAGUUGUUCAGUUAUUCUACAUUAUUGACAAGUGAUCAAUAUAUUCUGUGGUUGUGGCCAGUGUGUGGCAGGA